GCACAGCCCCUGAGCCCCAGCCCCAGCCCUUUGAUGUUCUCUUCUUUGAGCCAGGGGCUCACUGCAUUGCUCAGGGCCUCGAUAAUUCCUGGGCUGGCUUUGAGCUCGCCAGCCUCCUGCCUCGGGGUCCUGAGCCACUGGAUUAGAGGUGUGGUCCACUGCACCUGGCUGUUGGUCUUCAGAACCCAAAGCCAUACCAGGUAUUCAACAGGUGCUCAGUAGACCCUAGGUUGACACGGAGUGCUAUGGGGAAUGGAUAGGCAAGAGCUGGAGGAGACCAGAGAGACAGGUCUGUCUGGAGACACCAGAGGGCUGGACACAGAAGUGCCCUGUCAUGGGGUGAAGACAUGCCUUCAGUGUGGGGGAGAAGGAGGAAGAGGGCAACAAGCCAGAUUCCUCAAGUUCUGGGGACCACGGGUCUCCCACAAGCCCAUCCAACCUUGGGGUUGCUAUCCUCUGAAGUCCACGGGACAAGGAUGGGGGUCUUCACAAAUCCAGAAGCUGCCAGGGCCGGGAGCCGCGGGAUGAUGGGCUGGGGGAACCGGAUCUCCGCUCCUCUCUCCCUGACUUUCCCGCCCCCUGGAGCCAGCCAGAGGGGUCUCUGGAAGGCACCCUGGCCGAGCCCCUUGCACCUGCAAGCCUGUCCAGGGCUCCCCCCUGCCCCGGAGGGCCGGAAGCCCUCACCACCGGCCACGCGGGUCUGGCGCUGCCCACCCAUCACCCCACCGCCUAUCUCUGCACCUUUGGGUGCUCAGAGAGCGGAUCCCCGAGCCGUCCCAGCCAGGGCCACCAAGGCCGACACGCGCUCCCACCCCUCCUCACUCCCAGGGACGGGGCACGAAGCGCCCCGGGGGGCUCCUCCCACCCCUGGUCCAGCAAAGGAGGCGGGUGGCUUCCCGCCGGGACAGGGGGGCGUGAGACCCCUGCGUGUCCCCAGCCGCGCACUCACCCACUCGGGCCUCAGUUUCCCCGCCGUCCAGCGGGGCCGGGGUCCGGGCGUGAACGACCCUCGGGCCUACCUUCCCGGCGGUGCUCGGCCGGACCCCGACCGCGCCCCCUCCCGUAGGGCGGGGUCACGUGACUUGGAGCCCACCUCCUAUGGGGAGGGGACGUAAGCGGGACU